AUGGGUGAAGCCACUGUCGCACCUCUCUGCUUUGUGUUUCUUUUCGUUCUGGCUGCUCUUGUAGACCGUGCUUCUGGUCAACAGACUGUUCUGGAUGUCAUUGCAGCAGACUCAGAGUUCUCUCUCUACCUCGAAGCCCUGACAACUGUUGGGAUAGGCAUCGAUGAUGAUAGCUACUUGGCAGAUUCAACGCAAAUCCUUACCGUCUUUGCGCCAACCAAUGCGGCCAUGCUGCAAGAUCCUUUGGUUGCCCGCUAUACGCAAGAUGACUUAUGGAUUCGACAUCUGAGGGCCCUGGUCGAGUUCCAAAUUGUCCUGGGUCAAUCCUUGACACAAGAUGAUCUUUUUGUAUUGGAUGGAGACAACAAUACAAUAAACACUAAAAGCGGGCCCAUUGACGUUGCCAAAGAAAACAGAACUGUUGGUGGACAGCUGCUGGCAACUCCAAGAACAAGUGCUGCCAAUGGGAUCGUCUACCCAAUAGAUGGAGUUUUUGAUAGCUACUGGAGACAAGUAAGUCUCGAUGACCUUGCUGCCUCCAUCACUCCAUCGUUGGGUGGCGUCGUCUCAGCAGCAGGGUUUGAGAAAGAUUUGACCACUGCAAUGUUGUCUGGGACGACCUUUGUUGCUGCUUCCGAUACAUACUUGAACGAAGAGGGCAACGGGGACCUAAUGAAAGGAUUGCUAGACUACUCAAGAGCAUGGGAGACAAGAGAAAUUCUUCUAUACAACUUGAUCGAUCAAAACAUAUAUCCGACGGACGUGUCACCUGAGGCACCUAUGCGGAUAUCAACCCGCCACCCAGGGGGCGCUGAAAUGUGGCUCUCGAAAGACGAGAGAGGAGUGAUUCGAUUCAACAAUGCUGUAGCAACUAGUUAUGCUCUGGCAGAAAAUGGAGUGUUCUACAUAGUGGAUCAGCUCGUUUCUCCUCCAGGUAUCAUUGAGCUGAUGCAGGUCGGCUACCUCCACGGAAACUUAGAAGUGGCUAUUGCAUCGGAGCUAUUCGCUGCUGCUCCUUGGGACGCAACGAAUCUUGUAUCGUCCCUUGGAUACCCUGAGGGUUCACAGUUCACAAUUUUUCUUCCAGCGGACAUCUUCUUAGCCUCCAACCUACCCACAGCAGACUUCCAACGCCUCUUGGAUCCCAUCUGGUCUACGCAUCUUGAAGAUCUGCUCUUCCAUUGGAUGGCAUUCGGGAAAUACACAGUUGCGGCACUUUAUGCUCUGGCGGCCACAUCCAGUGGUGCAUUCCAUGUGCCAUUACUCAGUGGCUCAUUAGCCGAAGUAUCCUUGAACAGGGGGGAAGUUUUCUUCGAGGGAGGUAGUCUGCUGCAGCCUGCUGACUUGCAGGGCGUGGAUGGAUCCAUUCAAGUAUUUGAGUCGUCGGUGUUACCGCUUUCCCUAAGCAGCAUUUAUCAAAGGAUAAGUUUUGACCCAGAUCUGACAGCCUUCGCAUCUGUGAUCAACGCAGCAGGACUUGCAGCUCAAGUGGACAGUGACAGCCCGAUUACACUGUUUGCCCCUGAAGACUCCUAUUUGAUGACCAACAACCCGCCCACAAGCGUCGAUUUUGUGGAAAAUUAUAUGUUCCAGGGAUUGCUCUCCGCGGAUGUGCUGUUCAAGUUGGCGCGGGAUGGGGGAACCAUCACGUCAGUGAACAACAAACAGUAUCUCAUCUCUGUCCUUGGAAGUUCCGUAUCGCUCACCAGUUUGGGUGCUGACUCAUCCACGGCCACAAUAAUCGAAUCGAACAUAUUGGCUUCUAACGGUAUCAUUCACCGCAUUGACGGUGCUUUCACGAACGAGGCCUUGCGACUAGUGACAGAUCCCCCGACUGGCAGCCCAACUCAGUCACCUACGGGAAGUCCAACAAGCGCACCCACAAGUGUGCCCACUAGUACCCCCACGGGCUCGCCAACUGGAAGGCCCACCGGUGUCCCUACCUUGAGCCCAACUGGGUCUCCCACUGUCACCCCAACAGGAUCACCUACAUCCUCACCCACUGAAACACCUACUGGAAGUCCAACCAGCACACCCACUAGCGUACCUACUAGUAGCCCCACAGGCUCACCAACUGCAAGCCCCACUGGGUUUCCUACAUUGAGCCCAACUGCCAUGCCAACUGGCACCCCAACUGCAACUCCCACAGGAACUCCAACUGGUACACCAACAUCAAUGCCUACCCCUUUUCCCACGGCACUUCAGGUAUCUGCUUCCACACUUUCAAUUGAAGACAGAGAACCUGCUUUCUUUGAAGAUGAAAUGGCCGAGCCUACUGGAUCGCUUGCGCCCAAGAAUGACACCGCAUCACCCACACUGUCAAGAUCAACACAAACAAGCUCUCCCACACAAGCUACGGCAUCUCCAACUGAACUUACAACAUCUGUGACCGCCACGAUGAUUACCUCUGUGUAUCUUACUGGGGCUCCUACUGAUAUCUCAACGGGGGUUCCCACUGACAUCUCAACGGGGGCUCUCACUGAUAUCUCAACGGGAGCUCCCACUGAUAUCUCAACGGGAGCUCCCACUGACAUCAUAACUGCGGUGCCCACCAUUGUUCCGACAACAUUACCAACAAGGAGACCUUCAAGCGCGCCAACACAUGAGUCCACAGAUGCUUCCACAUCGUUUACAACAGAUUCUUCCACGGCUGUGUCGACAGGCGCAGAAACCAAUUCGAACAGUGACGAGGUGGUUGUUGAAAUGUUUGAAAACAUGCCAAGCCCAAGCAACAUAUCUGAUCUUGAUGCAUUGAACGGAACAACCAACGCGGAAGAGCUCGAACUAGAAGAAGACGACGAGUUGCAGGCGGUAGUGGUAGUGGAUGGUGGAGACCGGAACGAAGAAACUGGUGUUGUGAUUGCCUUGUCAAAUGAAACUGUUGGCAAUUUCAGUGUCCUUGGCAAUUCAUCAGAAUCCGCACCAAUAAAUGCUGGCAAUUUCAGUUUUCUUGGCAAUUCAUCAGAAUCCACCCCAAUAAAUGCAACGUCUCAUACAGAAGAACUUCCGCUGGAAGAGGAAGAGCUUCUGGCAUGGGAUGUCGGGGAGUAUGAGGACGAAGAGGACCCACCCGCAAGGCCCCUCUCCGAGCUCGAAAGUGUCAUGGUCGAACGUAGCGAUGAACCCCCAACGAGACCUCCAAGUGAAUUGGUUGAUAUUGCCAUCGAUGUGGACGCAGACUCCGACGGGGGAUUGAAUCCAUCUCGCCUAACUUCCACCUCUGAUGCAGCAUCAUUCCGCCACUUCAUCGCAACGGCAAUUUCGAUUGUGACCACUAGUGCUGUCACCUCGCUACUCCUUUUCGCUCAAAUGUAA